AUUGAGAUGAUAUCUGUCAGUGGAGAGGGCUCUUCUUCUCUUCUCCAUCCAUUUUCUUCCCCCACCACGAAACGGGCGGGGAUUAUACGAAACGGGGGGAGAAGGAAUGCUAAACGUUUCUUCUGGAAAGUACGAUCCCUGAGAAUUGAAUACUCGCCGGGGUUUUGGGUAUAGUACGGUGGAGUGGAGGUGUGAGAAGAUAUGCAAGAUAUACACUCGAUCGCCGGGGGGCGGAUAUUCGGCGGCGGGGGCGGCGGCGGCGCGGGGGACCGGAGGCUGCGGCCCCACCACCACCACCCCCAGAGCAGCCACCUCCACCAACAGGCGCUCAAGUGCCCGCGCUGCGACUCGCUCAACACCAAGUUCUGCUACUACAACAACUACAACCUCUCCCAGCCCCGCCACUUCUGCAAGAACUGCCGCCGGUACUGGACUAAGGGCGGCGUCCUCAGGAACGUCCCCGUCGGCGGCGGCUGCCGCAAAACCAAGCGGUCCAAGCCCAAACCUUCUGCUUCCGCCGAGCCGGCAACGGCCAUGGCUGAAGCCGUCACGACAACGACGAGUGCCGCGCCGCAUGCGAUGGACCUUAAGACGAGCUCCCAUUCAAGCAGCGAGAGCUCCAGCCUCACUGCAACGACCACCGCAGCGGCUGCGGAGGCUGUGUCGGCGACCUCCUCGGUAUCGCCCUCGAGCUUCUUCAACAUUCACGAUUACAAGUCGAUUAUCGAGCAGACCAUGAACCCGCCGGCCCCGGGCAGCCACGGCUUCGACCAAGGCUUGCUAGAGCAAAGCUCCGGCUGCGGGCUGUUCUCCGAGAUAGGGAACUUCUCGAGCCUGAUCACGUCUGCCGCCGAGCCGUUGCUGUUCGGGUUCGGCGGCGUCGUAGAUCAAAGCAACCAGUGGAGUAGUAGUCAGCAAGCGCAGGAUCAGGAGCAGAAGCUUCAGCAAGGAGCUGGAGAGAUCCCAUCAUCAGACGGCAGCGGUCCGUUCCUCGAUCAGACGGUCCAGGUUGAUCUACCUGGUUUGCCGGGCAAGCCGUCAGGCAACGAAGCGUUCGGGCCGUUGGAUUGGCAGCCCGCCGCCGAUCAAGGGCUGUUCGAUAUCACCUGCGGCGUCGAUCAAGCGUACUGGGGUCAGAACGCUCAGUGGGCUGAUGAAGAUCAUCAGCACGGCCUCUACCUCCCGUAAAUCUCUCUCACUCCUUAGUCCUUAACCCAUCAACAACGCAUGAUGAAAAAAGAAAAAAGAAUUUCUUAUAGAAGAUAAAUCAAAUUUCAAAUCCAAGAUAUGAAUAUAUAUAUAUAUAUAGAGUAUAAAUAUAUGUAUGUCUUCAUCAUCAUCAUAUGACUGUAAAUUUUUUUGGCAUAAGUUCACUCUGAUGAUUGCAAGAGAGUUUUGAGCUUUGAUCUU